CUCACAUGAAGCAGCAUGUUUUGGUGCAUCGGUUAAUGUCGCUCAUGAUUGCGUCAUGUUCACUCUGCAAGACCAACUCGUUCAAAUCAGUUUACUCGUCAAGUCAGUUUUCGUUAGCCAAAACGAGAUUCACUAACAACACUUCGAAUAUCAGCGCACAAACAAAUAAUUCUCAAUCUUCAAUCAAUGAACAACUCUAUGUAACGGUAGAACAAUUUCCGAGCACUCCAACGAAACCAUCCACAACGAAGAAACUGAUCAUAUCGAAUAUGUCUACCGUAUCACAAAAAGACGUAACAAAUGUCUUUGCAUUUGAUACAAUAGAAACAGAUGAACUUCCUUCUGCUCCAAAGAGGAUUGCGCGAGUUCCCGAAGAGGAAGACGACACUUCAGUAAAAAAUAUUGCAAAUAUAACAAAAAUUACAUUGCUGUCCUCUAUAGCAAUUCUUGCUAGAAAUGCCAGUCAAUCAAUAGAGAGCAGAAAACAGACUAUAGCGAAUACCACUAAAAUUAUGACCUCAAAAACCAUGGCAGGAAUGAUAUCAAGCACGAAAAUUUCAAAUGAGGAAAACAAGCCAGCAGAAAGCUCAAUUUUUACAACUCCUAAAGUGACCAUAACUGAGCAGCUGAAGGAUUCAAGAACAUCAACAGUCAAAAGCACAAAAGUAAGCUUGGUUGUGACUACCAAACCAACCUCUUCGUUUGUUUCCACAAUUAUAGCUAAGACUGAGGUGUCUGCAUCAACAAUUGAAAGAACAAGCUCAGUAGCAACUACUAAAGCAACUACCCUACAUUUAAGUAGCACCAAAGUCAGCGGAACGCCUAAGAUAACAGUUACAAAGAUAGGCACAAAUGUCUCCCAAACAGCGCGAACAACGGCUAAGGAGACUAGCUCAUCUAGAACAUUGAAAACUACACCUAUGACUGAUUCUGAAAAAGUUGUUUUUAAAGACUUCACUAGCGUAGCUUCUCCCAAGAGCUCAAAAGGUACGAAGAAAAAGAGCACAACGUCUGCAAGAGCUAUGCGUGUAACUACUGCUGCCAAAAAUGCCACAAGAGCUAAAGCAAAUAACAGCUUGCUACCAGCAGCACGGAUGAGAAAAGUUGACAACGAAUUAUCGACAGAAGCGAUUUUUGUGAUACUUGCUGCAGUUGUGCUCUUCUUUCUCGCAUUGGCAUUGGCAUUUAUGAUUUUAAUGAAGAGGAAAAGAAUGGCUAAAAGAAAAAUAAAAAGGGGUUUUGCCAAAAAGUCCGCUAAACCCAACAUCAAACCUUAUAUUACGUCUGGCAACAGGAGAAAGAAGACCAGAAAAGAUGACAUUCCUGGUUCGGACAUGUUGCUAAAGAAGAAAUCUGCAACUGAAAAUAAGCCGCUGAAAAUAAGCAGCAAAUCGCUUGGGACGAAAACCACACAGAGUGUAUCUGAAAGCAAGAAUGCGGCUGCACGAAAAGCUUUGAAGACUACAGAUGUUUGUCCAAAGACACCAUCUUCGUUGAGCAAAAUGUCAGAUAAAAAAGCCUUGAAGAUAUUAGAAUUACAGACCAAAGAUGUUAUCCCACAAAAGAAACCAUCUCCCUCGAACUUGCAAAGAAUAUCUGCGAACGGACUGACACCCAAGGAGCUGAAGGAGAGUGGAGAACGUGAAGGAUCCAGAAUGCCAGAACAAACAAAGGAUUUGAACGUUGCUAUUAACAAGUUAGCUCGAAGGCCAUUGAGAUCAACUAGUGUUUUACCAGUCUCAGCAAGGACAAGAACCAUGGAAGUAUAA